CGGCUCAACAGUUUAUCUCAGCGAAGGUGGUUCGAUGUUUAAACAAUAGAAAGGUCACAACAAGCUGCUGGAGAGGAGGAGGAUUAGGCUGACCAGAGACCAGAAUCACAGGUUCCGGACAAGUUGUUGUUUGGCGUGCUACUUGCGUGACACACAUGCGUGUGCCUCGAUCCUGGUGUCCACCGGAAAAGGAGUGAAAAUCGAAUCGUUACUCGGCCACCUUCCGUGCGCCAGCCGCCAGCAAGCAGCUCCCGACGAUGGGGAGCGUGAACCAACUGUAAGGUGGAUAGACGGGGCCACAACCCACUGGCAGCGCUGUCCCGGACCGACACUGAAGCACAAGCAAGAAUGGACCGUUUGAUUCAACUGGAGCCCGAGACGGACCCUACCGUUGGUCCACAAUCUCUCGAUACCGGCAAUGAGGAGCUGACCACCAAAAAGCUAAUGAAUUCGGCCGCACCCAUCAUCACCUAUCGGUUAUAUUUCCUGGUGCAACCAUGGAGCGAUGCAAUGGAGAAGCUAUCGGAGACGUACCACCUGUUCUCCACCGACAACCUGCUCAAGUACGAGAGCUUUUUCAACGAUUUCGGUCCACUGAACAUCAGCAUGGUGUACCGGUACUGCCAUCUGGUGAAUGGGUUGCUGGAGCGGAAGGAGAUGGCACUGAGCAAGAUCGUGCAUCACACGUCCACCGAGACGACGAAGCUACUGAACGCGGCCUUCCUGAUCGGCAGUUACAGUAUCAUCUACCUGCAUCACACGCCCCAGAGCAUCCUGCGUACGCUGUUCCGGCAACCGGAUCGGCUCGGCAAGUUCUGCGACGCCUCGCAGAAUCCGUCCAGCUUUCUGAUCUCGCUGCACGACUGUCUGUGCGCGAUGGCGAAGGCGCACCGGAGGCGCUUCUUUAACUUUGCCGACUUUGACUACAUCACGUACGAGUACUACGAGCGGGUUGAGAACGGGGACCUCAACUGGAUCGUACCGGGCAAGUUUCUGGCGUUCUGUGGCCCACACCGGGAAUCACGCUACGAAAACGGUAUGCCCAUCCACAGCCCGGAGGCGUACUUUCGGUACUUUGAGGAGACCGGCGUAACGACGAUCAUCCGGUUGAAUAUGCGUCAGUAUGAUGCGAAAAGUUUCACCGAACGGGGCUUCGAUCACUUUGAUCUGUUCUUCGUCGAUGGUGGUACACCGUCGGACAUGAUAUUGCGCCGGUUUCUGAGCAUCUGCGAGGUGGCCAAGGGUGGCAUUGCGGUGCACUGUAAGGCCGGACUCGGUCGUACCGGAACGCUGAUCGCGGCCUACUUGAUCAAGCACUACAGCUUUAGUGCCCAUGAAGCUAUCGCUUGGUUACGCAUUUGCCGGCCCGGUUCCGUUAUCGGGCAUCAGCAAACGUGGCUACAGGAUAAGGAAAGCUUCCUGUUAGCGGAAGGGAACGCGUACCGGCGCACCGGUACGAAAAUCACCCCCGAUAAGCACACGUUCGGUAUCUACAGUCUUAGGCAACCGAUCAAGGUGGCACCGACGGAUAGGGGUACCAGCACAGAGCACAGUAAGCAGGUGCAGGAAGGUGCACCUCUCAUUGAAGGUGCACCGAAACCGGCGACGACGACGACGACGACAACGACGACCGGUAGUAUGGAACGCACGUUGCGGCCACGGCGCGGCGCACCGAUGGGAGACCGGGUUUGUGGCAUUUCGCGUAAGGUCGAUACGAUGCGCUUGAGCGAUGAAGACGAACGGCUCAAUAACAACCACGUAAUCGUACCGCCGGACCAUCGGACGACCGCUACGGCGGUGGCCAACCGUAGCCGAUCGGAGGCGAAAACCAGUGCCGCGGGCAGUAACGCAACGAACACGCAGCAACCGACCAGCACCGACGAUGGGCUAACGGUGACGGGAUCCAGCAUCAACCAGGAGGCGGUAACCCACACUCAGGGAGAUCAGUUAACGCAAAUCAAGGCUACGCGGCACCGAACCUCGACCGCCGAUGCCGCCCUACCUGGCUAUCAACAAAACCUCCCGGCUAACAACAUUAACAACAAUGUAAACAACAACGGUACCAAUGCUACAGUGCAAAAUGGCAAUCUUAUGGCGAACGCUGCAGUACGGUCGGUGGCAUCCCAUGACGUGCGGCACAGCAAGAGCGCUAGUGUUGAUUCACCGUCGGUGAAGAACGAUACGUCCACCACUGAUGGAAGCAUCGUGACCGAACCACUGGUAGUGAUCGCCGGUGACAACGUAACGACGGAGCCGAUCGUACCAGCACAGCAUCAGAAACAAACAAGACGUACGACACACGUUUGCUGGGAGGAAUUGAACCGCUGUAUUAAGAUUGGCCACCGGGAAGAUGUUACGGUGCACAAACGGCAGCAAUCGCUACGGAAGACCCGACUGGAGAGCAACAACGGCACCAUCGUAUCGAUCGUAACGAGCAGCACGAGCGCUUCGGCCAAGUACAAUACCGUCCCGGGCGGGAACGUGCGGCUCGCUAAGGCGAAGCUACUGAACGAUCGUGUCGCUGAUCGUGUAAUACGCCCGCAGACCGAGCUCGUUGUCAGUGGUGGUGGUGGUACGACGACGACGACGACGGUGGACAGUAAUGGCAACAUUAACCGGAAGCUGAUGACUGGUCCCGCGAAGCGUAGCGACGUGUCGAACCACUGCAGUGUGGGAGAUGUGGCCGCCACCAAACGGUACAAGCGCAACCGCAGUAGCCCACGCACGCAACCGGACAAAAAUAGCGAAAAGCUGCGGAAAGUGCUGUCCAAGACGCAUCCUUAAAACGGAGGACCCUAAUCAUCAUAUCUCCUUUACAGACACACAAGCACACACAUAUAUACAUAUUUAAUAGUGCGUGAGACCGGGAGAGCUGACGGAAUCGAGAUAGCUGCCUCGUUAAGUUAUGUUACAAUCAAAUCCCAUUGGACGCUGCGCGUUGUUUUUACCGUUGUUUCAAAGCCAAUCAAAAGCCGUUCGGUUUUGCUCGAAAAAUUGUAUCGUUAAAACAUUCUCAAAGUACAAAGGCACGAACAGCACAGGGUCGAUUUGUAACUGGACGUUGGACUGGUGAACGCCAGCAGCGUAGGAAAUCAAGCGACCACGAAUCAUUAUGAGUUAGAUAAAAACAAGACAGGCAGGGGGCGCACUAGGAGGUUAACACCAGGCUCUCAUGGUUGAGAACAUCUCGUUUUAUAUACGCUUCACUCUCAUCACUCAUCUGGGGACUGCCACAUUUGGCCCCCGAAAUCAAUCCCCAAUAUUGCCAUAAGUUAGCUAGUAACAGCGCCAACACAGCACACAACAACUAACACACAGACCCACACACUAAGCUAUCGCUUAUGUUGGCGCGUAGUUGCGCAUUAAUCCUUAAGUAGGCUAAGUACACCAUUGCCUAGUGGAAGUAAUACCUUACCGAGUAGGCGCUGGGCCGAGUGGUGCCAUAAACCUGUCAUAAAAACACCGCGUUAGCGCGCUACGCCGUGGCCAACUGGCCGGCUGAAUAUCCUCUUCAAAGGAUCAGGGAUCCCCAGGGAGUGAAGUGGAAAAGGAACAUUAGGAAGCCUUUCUACGGAGAACUAGAUUGAGAGCAAUGCGCAGAAUCAGACUUGUGUUGCAGCGCAAGGGUAAUCGAUUCGAUUUUAAACGUGCUUUAAUUGCCCCACACUAACCGCACGAGGUUGUGCGCAGUGUCGUUGUUCUAUCUUUUUUUCAGUUGUGUUUUUAGUACGUUAAGGGUUUUUUUUAAGCGACAUUCAGUCUCUAAAGUAGACGCGUGCGCGCGCGUAUUUGUCGCGCUAUUCGUGCAAUUCUAUCAUUACUAUUUUACCAGCGGGCCCGCGAAGCGUUGCGGUUCACGAUUGUGCCCUUCUAUUCCUUGCCGUACUCGAAGUAUUUUGUAGGCAUUUUUCAUUUUUUAUUUAAUUUUCCGUUUCUUUACCUACGAUCAGUACCCGUGGUAAUAUAGCAAAGCAAUAAGCUACGAUCCUGGGACGCGGAAAGCGAGGGUUUGGCAAAACGGCAAACACACUGUAUGUUUUGAACGGAGGAUUGUUUAUACUUUAUAACACUAACACGAGACGCGUGGUGUGGAAUAAACCAGUAAUUUACCAAGA